AUGAACUUGGUAUCCCAAUCGGUGGCCACCAUGGGCGACCCUAACGCCCGGGAAACGCCCAAUAUUCCGUCGUCGAUCGACUUGGCCCAGUCGCUUAAGGACUGGUGGAACUGCUCGCUGAAUUUGAGAAAACCUACGCUGGGACUCACCAACGACAAGUUUGUUGCUGCCCGAAACCGCUUGAUCCGCUUGGAAUACGCUUUGUACCGGGCGAUCUUGUCGAACGACGUGGCCAUGGUGCCGCCGGGCGAGACGGACCCGGAUAUGCCCGGAACGGCCAUUGUGGGUCGUUUUCUCGAUGUGCUGCUUGACUCCCAGGUGUACAUCCACGAGUUCGAGAUCUCCAACCGUUCCGACCUCUCGCUUCCGAAAAAGGACAUUGUCGUGAUCCACGGCUACAUGGCGGCGCUGGGCUACUUUGUCAAGAACUUCGAGGCCUUUGCCAAGUCGUACGGCAACUUGACCGUGCACGUUAUCGAUAUGCCUGGAUUCGGCAAUCUGGCACGGCCCAAGUUCCCGCCGGAGUUGCUCAGAACGCCCAAAGACGCGUCCAAGGCUCAGCAGGUCCAGCAGGUGCUUGCAGUGGAGGACUGGUUCAUUGACAAGUUCGAGGAGUGGAGAAAGCAGAAGGGUCUCGCUAAAUUCGACUUGGUGGCCCACUCCAUGGGCGCCUACCUCAGCAGCUGCUACAUUAUGAAGUAUAAUCACCAGAACAUUAUCUCGAAGUUUGCGGUGGUAAGCCCCAUGGGCACCGAAUCGAGCUCGGUGAGUCUCAUCAACGAAAAGAACCACCAGCGCAACUUCCACGACGGCGGAGACCCUCUCGAGGAGAUCUUUGCCACUCAGGACCCAGAAAACGAAACAAAUCCAGAGCUACAGCGCUUGUGGGAGAAAUUGGGCGAGCCUAAGUUUCCUAAAAAUAAGCUUCUACAGACAAUGUGGGAGUGGAGCGUCUCGCCUUUCCAGGUUCUCCAGAUCUUCGGCCCCGUUUACCUGAAAGUCUUGUCGUACUGGUCGUUCCAGCGUUUCAAGAACCUCAAGGCGAAUUCGGAGGAUGCAGAUGCCCCCGUCAACAUCGACUUGAUCAACAAGCUCCACGAGUACUCCUACUCGGUUUUCAACCAGUACCAGGGCUCUGGCGAACUUGCAAUCACAAAACUCAUCAACCACAACAUUCUUGCUCGUCUUCCGCUCUGUGACCGUGGAUUCAUGGAACUUAUCCAAAGCACCGGUCUUGAUACUUUAUGGCUUUAUGGCGACAAGGACUGGAUGAACAUGCAAGGCGGGAACUACUGCGUGGAGAAGCUCAAGGCUUUGGGAGACGAAAAGGCGACUUUGACAGUCGUGAAAGAUGCUGGCCAUCAUAUUUAUCUAGACAAUCCCGAGGAGUUCAACAAGGUCGUCUUGGCCUUCUUGGGUCUCGGUGAAAAGACUUAA